AGGUCAGCUAGGGGAACUGAUGAGAUUCGUCGAUUUCGCCAAGGCAUGUGGGAAGAGAUGGAAUCACGGAGGCAUAAACUGGGGAAGGUAUUUCCAGCGUCCUUUGGUGCAGCCGAUGAGCGCGAAGGAAUUAUAGAAUAUAUGCUCCAAGGCUCAGUAGACUUUAUUACGAAGAAUGGCGAGCGGCAAGCGGUGUCGUGGGCGGGGCAUGCUAUUUUGAACGAGGUGGAAGGGGGAUUGAAAUAUCGGUUAUAUCAAGUCUUCUUACGCAGAUGACUUCAAGGUUUACUCUUGCA